UCGCGCAGCAUCCGGCGCGCACCCCACUCUGUGCGCGUGUGAAUGAGUGUGCGUGUAUAUGUGUGUGUGCGUGUGUGUAAGUGCGUGCGUGCGCGCGCGCGAGCUCUGCCUUCCUCACCUUUUCGGAAAGCAGCUCUAACCGCGACGGCAGCCGAACGGCAGGAAUUCACUGCGAAUAAAAGCCGUUGUGACUGACGCACAUCACGGAGGAGCCGGUUCACUCCACACGCCGGGCUUUGCCUUGGUUUUUGUUUGUUUUAUUGUUUUUUUAAUACACUUAUCCCCACACACACACACACACACACACACACACGGUCUUAUUCUUUUACUGCGUGUGUUUAACCACAGUUGCAGUAGAGGACAGGUUACCGGUGCUGCCCCAACCCGCCCUCCCGCCCCCCACUUGUCCGCAUCUUUCUCCAGACUUUCAGAAGAGCGACAAGUCAGAAGCGACUCCGGCGUCUUUACACGGACGAGUCGGAGAGCGCUCGCGUGCGCGCGGGUCUCACGGUACUCUUAUCUGAGCAAUGCGCCGCAUCCUCGCGUUUCUUCUUACCGGAGAAGCUCCUACUGAAAGCCUCCCCUGUCCGCUCCGACACACGCUUCUGAAACUCACCCGCAGGUGCAGACCCUGAAGAUGAGCGUCUUUGGGGGGAAUUCUCACACGCUGUUGUGACUCCGGCGACUUUCUAGCAAGCACGAGGCGAGCGCCCAAGCCGAGCACAAUGACCCGCUCAGUGUGGAGUCUCCCAAGCCUUCUUUGCCUGAUGUUCUCUUUGGCUGCACUACAGUGCACUGAAGGCUUCAGCCGGGCAGCACUGCCCUUUGGUUUGGUCAGGCGGGAGCUGUCUUGCGAGGGCUACCCAAUUGACCUGCGCUGUCCAGGAAGUGAUGUCAUCAUGAUCGAGAGCGCUAAUUACGGGCGCACAGAUGACAAGAUCUGCGAUGCCGACCCCUUCCAGAUGGAAAAUAUCAACUGCUACCUCCCUGAUGCCUACAAGAUAAUGUCCCAAAGGUGCAAUAAUCGAACCCAGUGUAUUGUCAUUACGGGAACGGAUGUCUUCCCUGACCCUUGCCCAGGAACAUACAAAUACCUUGAGGUCCAGUAUGAAUGUGUCCCUUAUAAAGUGGAGCAAAAAGUUUUUGUUUGUCCUGGAACUCUGAAAGCUGUCGGAGAUCCUUCCUUUCUGUACGAGGCGGAGCAGCAAGCUGGUGCCUGGUGCAAAGACCCUCUUCAAGCAGGCGACAAAGUUUAUUUCAUGCCCUGGACACCAUACCGCACUGACACACUGAUCGAGUAUUCAUCGCUCGACGAUUUUCAGAACUCCAAACAAACCCUAACCUACAAACUUCCUCACCGAGUGGACGGCACCGGAUUUGUGGUGUACGACGGUGCUGUGUUCUUUAACAAGGAGAGAACACGCAACAUUGUGAAGUUUGACUUGCGCACACGCAUUAAGAGCGGCGAAGCCAUCAUCAACAACGCCAACUACCAUGACACAUCGCCGUACAAGUGGGGCGGGAAGACCGACAUUGACCUGGCCGUGGACGAGAACGGCCUGUGGGUGAUUUAUGCCACCGAGCAGAACAACGGCAUGAUGGUGCUGAGCCAGCUGAAUCCGUACACUCUGCGCUUCGAAGCAACGUGGGACACGGCGUACGACAAGCGCUCGGCCUCGAACGCCUUCAUGAUCUGCGGUGUGCUGUACGUUGUUAGGUCCACGUACGAGGACAACGAGAGUGAAGUCAGCAAAGGCGUCAUCGACUACAUGUACAACACCAAGCAGGGCCGUGGUGAGUACAUGGACAUUCACUUCCCCAACCAGUACCAGUACAUCACCGCCGUGGAGUACAACCCCAGGGACAACCAGCUCUACGUGUGGAAUAACUUUUAUGUCCUGCGCUACAACCUGGCCUUCGGACCACCCGAUCCAGCUCAUGCCCCGCCUAUCUCAGAUGCCACCUCAGUUUCAGCACCUCCCCGAAUGACAACCACCACAAUGACAACAACAACAGCACAGCAUAGAGGCCUAACAACAACCAUAAACACUACAGGGACCAGGGUCGGCAACAAGCCCCCUAAACCCCCAGUGGCUCCGUCACAAACUACAACGCCUCCAUCCCUGGAGUCAUUCCCUUUGCCCAAGCGCUUCUGUGACAGUGUAGAGCGAAGGGACAUCCUGUGGCCUCAGACACAGAGGGGCAUGCUUGUGGAACGACCAUGUCCCACAGGAACCAGAGGCACCGCCUCCUACCUGUGCGUCCUCUCCACCGGGGCCUGGCACCCAAAAGGCCCUGAUCUAAGCAACUGCACCUCUCACUGGGUCAAUCAAGUGGCUCAGAAGAUCCGGAGUGGGGAGAAUGCGGCCAACCUGGCCAACGAGCUAGCUAAGCACACCAAAGGGCCCAUCUUCCCCGGCGACAUCAGCUCUACCAUGAGGCUCAUGGAGCAGCUGGUGGACAUCCUGGAUGCCCAGCUGCAGGAGCUGAAGCCAAAAGAAAAGGACUCUACCGGACGGAGCUUCAACAAGCUUCAAAAGCGAGAACGGACAUGCAGGGCAUAUAUGAAGGCUAUUGUGGAUACCGUGGACAACCUGCUUCGUCCAGAAGCACUGAAGUCUUGGAGAGGCAUGAAUAUCACAGAGCAGACUCAUGCUGCCACCAUGUUACUGGACACUCUCGAGGAAGGAGCUUUCGUACUCGCAGACAAUCUAAUGGAACCGGCGAUUGUGAAAGUGCCAGCUAGCAAUAUAAUCCUGGAUGUUUAUGUGUUGAGCACAGAUGGCCAGGUGCAGGACUUCAAAUUUCCCCAAAGCAGCAAGGGUGGUAUAUCUAUCCAGCUGACAGCCAAUACGGUCAAACUGAACAGUCGGAAUGGUGUUGCCAAGUUGGUGUUUGCUCUGUACAAAAACCUGGGCCAGUUUCUGAGCACAGAGAACGCAACAAUCAAACUGGGCAGUGAGGCGAAUGGGCACAACCUCAGCGUGGCCGUAAACUCAGAUGUCAUCUCUGCCUCAAUCAACAAGGAAUCCAGUCGAGUCUAUAUAACCGAGCCAGUGAUUUUUACCCUGGAACACAUUGAUAUGCAACACUAUUUCAACUCAAACUGCUCCUUUUGGAAUUACUCAGAAAGGAGCAUGAUGGGAUACUGGUCCACACAAGGCUGCAAGCUGGUUAAGUCUAACAAAACCCACACGACCUGCUCGUGCAGCCAUUUGACAAAUUUCGCCGUCCUUAUGGCCCAUCAGGAAAUACUGGGCCCAGGCAGAGAGCACAAGCUGCUGCUGACGGUCAUCACUCGUGUGGGCAUUGUGGUCUCACUCGUCUGCUUGGCCAUGUGCAUCUUCACAUUCUGCUUCUUCCGUGGCCUGCAGAGUGACAGGAACACCAUCCACAAGAACCUUUGCAUUAACCUCUUCAUCGCUGAACUCGUCUUUCUAAUUGGUCACAGUGUGACAGAACUCAGGAUUGGUUGUGCGAUCAUUGCUGGUGUCCUGCAUUAUUUCUUCUUAUCCUCUUUUGCUUGGAUGUGUUUGGAGGGAGUUCAUCUCUAUCUCAUGCUCGUAGACAUCUUUGAAAGUGAAUAUUCACGAAAGAAAUAUUACUACAUUUCGGGCUACCUGUUUCCUGCCAUCGUUGUAGGAGUGUCUGCGGCUGUGGAUUACGGGAGCUAUGGAACAGAAAAGGCAUGCUGGCUGAGAUUGGACAACCACUUCAUUUGGAGUUUUAUUGGACCUGUUACCUUCAUCAUUAUGCUUAAUCUCAUCUUCCUGGUCAUCACUAUGUACAAAAUGGUGAAGCACUCUACUUCAUUGAAACCAGACUCCAGCAGGUUGGAGAACAUAAAUAAUUAUCGUGUUUGUGAUGGCUACUAUAAUACCGAUUUGCCUGGCUAUGAAGAUAAUAAACCAUUUAUCAAGUCCUGGGUUCUAGGAGCGUUUGCCUUGCUAUGUCUGCUGGCUCUUACCUGGACCUUCGGUCUGUUAUUUAUCAAUAGCGAGUCUGUGGUGCUGGCAUAUCUUUUUACCAUUUUCAACACCUUCCAGGGCAUGUUCAUCCUUAUCUUCCACUGUCUGCUUCAGAAAAAAGUUCGUAGAGAGUACAGCAAAUGCCUCCGCCACACAUCUUGCUGCAGCAGCUUGCCAAGUGAGAGCUCCCACAGUUGCACAAAGACAGCAACAACAAGGACAAGUGCUCGCUACUCCUCUGGCACUCAGAGUCGAAUCAGAAGAAUGUGGAAUGACACAGUAAGAAAACAAUCUGAAUCCUCCUUCAUCUCAGGGGACAUCAACAGCACAUCAACCCUCAACCAAGGAAUGACGGCCAAUUAUCUACUAACAAACCCUCUACUACGACCCCAAGGCACUAACAACCCGUACAAUACCUUACUGGCCGAAACGGUCGUAUGUAACACUCCUACGGCUCCUGUCUUUAACUCUCCAGCGACCUACAGAGAGACAAGACAGUCAAUGAACAAUGCCAGGGAUACAAGUGCAAUGGAUACUCUACCGCUAAAUGGUAACUUCAAUAAUAGCUACUCGCUUCAGAAUGGGGACUACGGCAACGGUGGCAUCGGCCUAGACGAAGCUGCCUUCGAGAAGAUGAUUAUCUCGGACCUGGUACAAAGCAACCUGAGGACAUGCGCCAAAAAACAGCGGCACGAGCCUCAUAUCUCCACUAGAAAUGCAGCCAGUGGAGGGACCAGUCGCAAAGAUGACACCACUGUAGUUGAGACUACAUCCUUGGUGCCCGUGGACAGCGAGAGCAGCCAUUUAAUGGUGGGGAGUCUGAGCUUGCACCAUCAGCACCACCACCAGCAUCACCUGGAUGCCCCUCUCAUCCCCCAGCGGACUCACUCGCUCCUGUAUUACACUCAGGCGAGAGUGAGAACCGAGCCCACAGCUACAAAACACAGUCUGCCGCCACCCACUACGGACUCCAUGUACUCCAGAGAGCUGAACCUGAGAGACUCGCCCUUAACCGAGGGCGGUCUCCAGACAGAGCAACUCUCGCCCUCCAAAAACAGCGGGGACGAGGACGCCUACUACAAGAGCAUGCCCGAUUUAGGAGCCGGCCAACAGAUGAACAGCUACUAUCAAAUGAGCAGGGGAAGCAGUGACGGUUAUAUAAUCCCCAUCCCCCAAUCCCCUAAAGAGGAGUGCGAGCCAGAGGUGGACGUACUGGAAGGACAGAUGCAGCUCAUCACGAGCCUUUAAUAUGUUCUUUUUUUCUUUUCUUUUUUCUUUCUUUUUUUUUUCUUUUGCAAAACAAUCAGCACCGGUUGCCACAAGGACGCGGGGUAGUAGGGGAGGGUUUAGAACAAGGUUCAUACUUCAUCUCUCUUUGUCUUUCACUACUUUCCCCUCAGAAAUAUAGCUCUCCACUGUUUCGCUGACAUCCCCAAAGACGUGUAGACCUGUGUGGCUGCAUUGCAGUGAGAUUCCACUUGUCUAAAAUGGCGCCGUUUUUCUUGUAAAAACAAUCAGACGUGGGAAACGUUGGACAAGCAAAGUCUUAGAGCUGCCGAAGUUGACUGACUCAGAACAAUGGAAUGAUUUCACAUAAAAAAAAAAAAAAAAGAUAAAAAAUAUACCAAAUAAUAGUAUUUCCUGUUUCAGCUUGUACAAUGUUUUGUCAGAGGUUGUACAUAGGGUCACAUAUUUUAAAUCCAGUUUUGUAUUAUAUACAAAAAUGGAGUUUCCAGCACGUAAGCAGAGAUGUGUACGAAGAUAUUCCUAAUGGGACUGUUUAUUUAGAAAAUUCAGUAGUCUGGAUCUACGGCCCCAUCUUUACGAUGAAGAUCAGAUUGUGCUGUAUAACCACUAGCAAUCAAACCCCAGGCCUUAUCUUUUCUUGGUUGUACAGUAAACCCAUCAAGGAUAAUGGCAUAAAAUAUAUAUUUUGUUGUAUUUCAGGUGCAUAAUAAGAAGGCAACCUUAACUAUAAGAAAGAAACUUGUUAAUUAAGACAUUAAAUAAGACAUCCAGAAGAGAAUUGUGUGGAGAGAAAAAAAAAUUGCACAUGUUAUAAGAAAAUGAUUUGUUCUUGCAGUUUAUUCCUCAUGGUGUGUUUGGAUGAGGAUUAAGAUGAAAUGAGUGGACACAGAGCUUAGAGGGGUUGCUGACAUUAAAUUCUAUCUUGUUCAGGAAAAUGAGUUUGCUGCACCAAAGCAUCAGGCUUUAGGAGGAAAUUAGGAUUUUUCUUGCCUUUAUUUAAAAGAUUCUCACAGAAUCUGUCCAGGCUUGAAAGUCACUCAAGUCCACAGUCAAACACGAGGCUUUCCAGACACAUUCUUCUAAAUAGAUUUCUGAUAUUUAUUUAUUAAAUUAUUCUCAAUGAUACUUUUGAACUCUUUUGUGAAUACAUUACAGCACUGGUUUAUUCUUUGCAUUAACAUGUUAGUAAGGAGCCCAUACAAAUAAUGUAAAGUUCAACACUUGUUUAACAAUAAAUAAAUGUGAAUUUUUGGCUAUUAUAUCAUGUUUUAUUUCCAUGAUUUCAAAUGCUUUGUGUGAGUGUGCGGUGUGUGUGUGUGUGUGUGUGUGUGUGUGUGUGUGUGUGUGUGUGUGUGUGUGUGUGUGUGUGUGUGUGUGUGUCCAUGAAAAAAGAAGGUGCGUUACUUCAAAUUAAUUAACGUUUCCAUUAUUUUGACAACUUUCUGAGUGCUUAUCUGCAAGCUCUUUUCAAUUGGACUCCAAGGCAGUUUGCAUCACAUUCAGCAAUCACUGAAAGAGCUUUUCACUGUAUUAUGUAAACGUAAGCAAAUGGAAGACGGUUUAAAACAUCAUUAUACAGCAACACCAUCGAAUUAACGUUUCUGAUAGGUCAGAAGGUGCUGAUGAAUUUUUUAUUUUUUUUUACAUUAGCACACAUGGCUGAAAGGUUUAUUCAGUAUUAAUCUUAAUCAGCUUAGUGAUUUGCGUAGAGGUGCUACAUGAACAAAUUCAAAAUUGUGUAUUUGUUGAGUUGAUGAAGUUUUCUAUAAGGAGGUUUAAGAAGUCUUCUAAAUGUGUUUUUGUUAUUUGGUUGGUGGGGAGUUGCUGCUUUAGUAAUUUCAAGAGAGAAAAAAAAAAUAGAGGCUGGUUUAUAGCUGCUAUAACAAAAGUAGUAACAGGAUCUUGUUUUGUGAACGCUCCACAACAUUUAAUGAAACUAUAAAAGGGUAUAAAAGUACAAUGUGCACACCCCUUCGUGUUUUAUUCCUUAUUUACCAAUUGAGCAGUGAUGAGAAAUCUCCUUGUUCACAUCCACUCAACACUCGAAUGUACCACUUUCCUUUUGACGAGCUCUGUAAAACCGUUUGGUUUAAAAAAAAAAAUAAAAAUCACCACCUCACAGUGUCAUCCAUGUCUCCUGUCCAAUGACCCGAAACUCUCUUUCUUGGAUCCAUCUGUGGUUUUCCUUCCAUCAUACACUGUCAUGUCUGUCACAGUGCUCUGUCCUGCUGUAACCCUAAAGUCUGAAGCUUGUUUGACAGGUACAGAUCACACAGCAGAAAGAAAAAUGUACUUUCUCUCGUAUCCUUUACACAGCUCUUAUUUUGUAUUAUGUACGUUAUUAAAAAACAAACCAGGAGUGAAAAAUC